AGACCUCAUUGGACAGACAACGGCCUGCGGAUCACGGUACAAAUACUGCCGUUAUCAUUCACAAGUACCAAACCAACGGAAAUAGGUCUGCUCACGAUGAUCCACGCUGUCCUCAUCUUCAACACCUCUGGGGUCCCUCGUCUCACAAAGUUCUAUACACCCCUUGAUCAAGUCGCGCACUCCCAAGCCCGAACUCAGCCCCUGGUACAGAAGAUCUUUUCCCUGAUCUCGCAACGACAAAUAGGAUUAUGCAACUUCCUUGACGCACCCGAACUCGAGGAAUAUCUGGGCCGAAAGGACGAGGAGGAAAGGCUCAGGGUCGUGUACCGGAGUUAUGCCACCCUUUACUUCGUGUUCGUCGUGGAUGGUGCGGAGAGUGAGCUCGGAGUUUUGGAUCUGAUCCAGGUAUUCGUCGAGUCACUGGAUCGGGCGUUUGAGAACGUAUGCGAAUUGGAUCUCGUGUUUCACUUCGACGAGGUUCAUUACAUUCUCUCGGAGAUCAUACAAGGCGGACUUGUCCUUGAGACAAAUGUCGAGGAGAUCGAUCUUUCCGUCCAACAAUCUGCGCAAGCUCGCAAAGCAUCCUUUGCGUCAGCAAACCCGCUUGCGCUAGGCAGCAGCAUGGGGGGCCGCAGCGUGAACGCCGGUUUGCAAGGCUUGCAGACCCCCCUAGGCUGGUUAACAAACAAAUUUGCCGGCGUUGGUGCACGGUGAAGGGCGCGAGGAGACUCCAUAGACGUCGUAACAAUGCAUAGUAUCGUAUAUGAAAUAGAAUACACGGACUAUCAUUCGGAAGUCAUGUCGGCGCUGGAGUAGCUGGCAAAGUACCUGGAUACAACAUCUUGAGUAAUCUG